UGUGGGAACUAUAUAUUUAUUUACGCAAUCUGAAAAUGUUCUGCCUGUCAAAGCUUGCUCCCACAAAAUAUACAUAAUAUAGACUGUUGUAUUUUUAAAAAUACAACAUCUUUGUAUUUUCAUUAUAAUUCAAAACGCACGUUACCUGAUAUUACACAUAUUGUAUAUAUUUUUUGUAUGUAUAUAUCUGUAUAUAUUCUUGUAAAUAUAAUUUAGUUUUCCUUUUUUAUUUUUUUCCUUUAGUUUUAUAUUAUAUUGCCUAAUUAGUUGUUUGUAAUCAAUUUUAAUCUUAAUUUCCUGAAUAUUUCUCAAUACAUUUUCUGUAGCAUGAAUGAGGAAGCAAUAACUACAUUACCUUGUGCAAUCCUGCAUUUUAUACUGACAGUCAGACCAUAAAUCCUUGAAUAUGUGCAUUCGGCCAAUACAAUAAUACAAUGAAUAUUAUUUUCAUAAAAGAUUAAACUUACAUACAUAUAGGCAAGUGAGCGUGAGAAGUUUACUCUUGACUUUUAACAUAGUAGUUUGAAAAAACAACCAACACAAGGCUUUUUUCCUGGAGUUUUCAACUGCAUCUGUCUGAGCACAGUCCAUGAAGUGCAGCUGAUAGCUCUAGAGAAAAACUAACAAGUAGACCCUGUGUGUUUUUAUGUGGAUCAAUGCAUCACAUUCAGGCUAUUCACUUAGUUCAGUAUAUUCCAGGGUGUGAAUUGAUCAGUGGAGAGGAUAAACCAAAUGUGAUGCUACACAGUGAAGCUGCUGCAACAUUGUGUUCUUGUUUCAGGAAUGACAGACAGCUGAAACAACUUUUUGGUGACAUGGUAUUUCUGUCAGCUCCCUCCUGAUCACUUUUAACAGCGCAAAACAUCCCGCAAACCAGAACUUUCCAAUUUUUUCCUAAUUCAUACAAACCUUCUUGUAUCAGAGAGUUUUCUUUUAGGAAUCAAUAAUAUCUUACCAUUUUAAUUUACACACAGUACCAGAGAGUAGCAUCAAAACUUUAGCCUCUUAUAUUAGCAUUACAAAGUAUAAUUUAAGAAGUAAAAUAAAUGUACCUUUAUAAGUUGAGUGAGGUGCUUUCAACAAGAUAGGUGUUAUUUUUGUGAUUUUAUAAAUUGUUAUAACAUUGAUCAAUUUUAAUAAUACGUUUUAUGUUUGCUAGAUAUUUCAAGAGUUAUGACAUUAACAUUAAACACUGAUAUCCUCACUACCAAAGUUGGAAGACCAAGUUAUUAUUAAUGAGGAUUCCCUCUGAUAUCAGAAUAAAUAAUUAACCCUGGUUAUCAGCAUCAGCAACCUUAGUUAAAAGCAACAAACCUUUUAGUGUGGUAUGUUUGUUUUACUUUGUUGAGAGGAGAUUAAGUUAUGUACUGUCAAAGAAUGUUGCUUUUUAUAAUUUAGGUUACAUCAUAUCCUGCAGGGUGCCAGUAAACCCUGUUGGCCCCCGUCUGGGGGCCCGGCCAUUUGUUUCCUGGCAAACGAAAUUGAGAAAUUCCCCGCCCGUGAGGGAGGCACAACCUUUUUCAUUAAUAUGGUCAUCCAGCCCUGAGCUGUUCCUGUCCCUCGCCAUCUUUUCCCAUCCAUUCACUGUGAUGCGUUCACGCACUUUGGAAAAUAUUAGGCAAUGCAACGUAGCUGUAUAAUGGAACUCGAAAACCAGGUUUUAAUCGGUGAGUCAAUUGUUGCUUAAUCGAGACACUCAGACAGGUUAGGUGAAGGCUGGACACAAUCUGCGUAAAAGUAAUUUUGACCGAUAUUGAAGCAAACACCAGCAGCAUUUUGUACCGAUAGUGAAACUAACAUACUACACGUGAAGGCAGCACAGACCCCACAGCAGUUAACCAGCAACGGGUCAGUUUAAAAUAAAGAGAAACUGAAAGCAGCCGCAACAUCAUGUUGCAUCAUCGGCAGCCUGAUGCCAAACCUCAAGCGCUCAAAAGCCACCAGACACACCGGCUGAGCGCUUCACUCCGAGCUACACAUUUACAGAGACAACACGUCAUAAAGCACCAGACAUUAGUCCGCACCACGGAAAUACAGCAUUACCUGUUUAGCAGCCUGUCACGCCGAGUCUUUCAAAGUGUACUCCAAACUGCAGAGCGGCGCCGAGUGUGCGUCAACUACAGUUUGCAUGGCAGCGGUUUCACUCACGGGCGCACAGCUCGGAUGAUCCGGUGACGGUAGCCACAUCCUGCUGGUGGACACUCAGACAGCCAACCCGCCAGCCAGUCAGCUGCAGGACGGAGGAAGACAUGUCCCCGUUAUUCAUGGACACCGGGUACAACAGCCCUGUCACAGUGUCAGAUGAGGGGAGCAACUCCGCUGGACUGGAGAGAGAAGAGGGGCAACAGAUGGGAGGCAAAGGGAGAAAAAGACAAGAGAAGAACAGAGACGCUGCGAGGAAGAGCCGCAGAAAACAAACAGAGAGAGCGGACGAACUUCACGAGGAGCUCCAGGGCCUGGAGCGAUCCAAUUCAGCCCUUAAAAAGGAGAUUGCCGCGUUGAAAAAGGACCUCCACCUCUACACGACGGCUUUGGAGCGCCACAAGCCUCUCUGUUGCCUCAAAGCUUCUGCAUCCAGCUCCAGCCCAACAACCUGCCCCUCAGUUUCCCCCUCGGCAGACCGUCAGGCUGGCCCCAGUCCUCCUGGAGUCCCUCCCCGAGCCUCAAGCUCAACUUUGGCUCCUGCCCCUUCACUGUCUACCUCCCUAACCUCCAUCCUGGGCAUUCAAACCCCUGACUGUGUUGAAAGUAAACACCUCUCAUCUUCAACUCCUCCAAAGACUGCAACGUUAGCCUCACCCAUCAGCUCAUCUGCUGAACACUUUACUUCCUCUAGCUCUGUAACUUCUCCUUACUCCGGCUCUUUCUCUGCAGUUCCAGCUCCUCACUCUUUGUUUAGCGAAUCUCUAAUCACGCCGAGGCCAGCAAAUGUUCGGCCUGUCUGCACAAGCCUUGUGUCAAACCCUGUACCCUCCAGCUCUCUUACCACAGCUGCUCAGCUUCAAUCUAGGCAAGGCCCAAUCCAUGAAAGCUCCUCAAUGUCCGCCACUGCUUCUUUCCCUCCACUUCAUCCUGGUGCACUGGAUGCCUUUCUAAUGAAGCAAGACUCUUUUCUAACUGCGCCAUCUAAUGUAGUGCCCCCUUACUCCCAUUCAGCUGUACAAGAUGGACGUCUAGUAGCGCAGGGUUGCUCCAUGAAUGUGUCCCAGCUUAAUCCAAGUCAGUUCAGCAGAAAUCUAAUCAAUUCAAGUGCGUCUCUUUUACCCCCAGCUCUUCGAGAUCCUCCUCUUCAGCCCCCCUUAGCGCCGACACCUACCUCUGCUUUUGCCUUAAAGCCACGUUCUGGUCAACAAGUCACUGUCAAUCCUGCAUCUCUGCUCUCCCUGCUCACUGUCCCGAGUCCCCUUAAUGUGCCUCAGACUACCUCCAGCAGCUAUGACAGACCUCUCUCUCAACCUCAGCCCCCUCUACCAAUGUUACAGGAGCCCUCAAGAGAUCUUUCCCUUUCUGAGUUCCUGGAGGUCAAUGAUUGGAUACUAAGUGGGACUAGUUAUGAGUAGCACUACAUAGCAAAGGAAGACCAGUUUCCUUUAAUUUAUAUAUUUCUAUAUUUUGUGCAAGUUUAACCAAACUCUUCUGAGCAGCUAUAGCAAUAAUUGUAAAAUACAAGAAGACAGGUUUAACUAUGGAAAACCUGACAUCACAUUAUGACAUAAAGGCCAAACCAAUGUCCAAGCUGUUUAUAUUCAGCUUUCUGCUUCAUAAAAGGACACUCUUUUGAUUUAGUAUUGAGUUGGGGGAUUCACAAGAGCCAGGUUAAAGAAAAAAAUGGUUAAAGCCAAUGCAGUAGAAGUGGAGAUAUCCCAACUUUUAGUUCCUAGUAUGGGUCAAGCUCCAAAAACACUAGAUCCUGCAGUGCAACUAAUAACAUCUUUUGCAAGCGUCCUGUUCUAAAUUGUAACCUCCCAGCCCAAGCAGAAAAACCCUGAUGACAUCACUAUAUCAUCACUGGGGAUAUUUUCUCAGCUGUGUCAAUCCUUCUCCAGAGCCACAGAAGGCAUUAAACAACUGUUUUCACAGGCUGAGUAGUCCUCCGCAUGAUGAGUUACCCAACCGUCAUGACAGAAAUUGGUGCAAUUUCCCUUUAACAACGGCAAAUAAUGCUUAGCCUCGGUUUUUGGAGACUGGGGUCUGACUUAGCUGGGUAACUCUGUACAACAAAUGAGCUUCUUGUGAGUCCGUAGUUUACAAGCUCCUAUACGUAGAGAAACAUUAACCAUACAGUAAAAUCCAGCGGCGUCAUGCUUUACAGUUUCUGAGAAAUCUUUUAGGUAGGCGUCAUCCCUUCCUUUAUCCACAGACAGGACACAGAAAAACUGACUCAACAUUCGAAACUUUGACUUGUAAUUUUAGAUGGGGUGGAGUGCUCACUUCCUUGCAACUUAAUGGAAGUGUGUUUAGGAGAAAUUUCCAUCUGUGGCACGUAAGAGGUGCCAAAGUUAACCACACAGGCAGGGCGCGCCUGGCUGCAUACGAGUUAUGAUUUAACACGAGCAAAGUUUAUUCUUUUUUAUUUGCACCUCUUUAAAAUACAUAAUCAAACUGUCUUCACAGUCUAACAUAUUUUGCUGCUACUGAUCAUUUAAAUCAGUCUAUUUGCUGAUUGUUAUUUUUUUAAGCUACAGUUAUUUAUUUUUUUACAUUUCAGAUGAUACAGUAGAUGUACUUUCAUUUUCACUUUAAAUAACAGAAUUGCAUUAUUUUUAUUUACCGUAAUUAUGCUGAUUCCUUAUUAAUUAAAGUGUUUUGCCAGGCUUUGCUUACAAGAGUGGAUCCACAAUAAAACAAAGUGGGCACCUGCCCAGGACCCCCAAACCCUCAAGGGCCCUUAGAGUCCCCAGAUUGAAUGUGUAUGUGUUGGUGUGUGGUAAUUUAAUUAAUUGCAAAUCAUAAAUAGUUUGUGUAUCAAUAUUAUUUGUCUUAUCUGCCUGUUUAAAAGUUCAUAUUCACAAAUAAAUGUGAAUAACCUCAAGCAGGGGGUGUCAAAGGGCCCUCAGCUCUGCAUUGGGGCCCCCUAGUGGUUACAUUCAGCCAUGAUCACAGGGACAAUUUAUGUGACAACUCAAAAUCCAAUGACACCCCUCAUCCUGUGGGUUUAAACAUGAUAAGAAUGGUUGUGUAAUUAAUAAUUCCCUUAUUGAGUUCAUUUCAAGCGAAUCAAAUGAGAUAAAUAACUGGAUUUUUGCAUUUGACUGUAUCUCACUGUAACUGACGAUAAGAGAACCACGGGGCGGUUCAGACUGCUGUAAGGAAAUUAAUAUGACGAUUUUGUUUUUUCAGAGGAUGAUUUAUGUAGAUUAUUCUGCUUUUAUGUACACUUUAUAUGUAUGUAUGUAUGUAGGAUAUUAUAUGAGCCUGUAUUCCACCGAAAAGUUUAUGAUUAAGUGCGAGACUUUGGGUUUGUGUGUGUGAAUUAUGACUAUUUUGUAUUUAUCAUGCAUUAGAUGAAUAUAUUUAUGUUGACAUUGUGGUUGCAAUUGAAAAGUGCAUUACAAAUAAAACAUUUUAUUAAAAUAAU